CUUUGAUCCCAUCCCCUGGGCGCGUAACUUUGGAUUAUAUCCAGUCCUUAUUUGAUCUUGUAGAGAUUGGGCUCAUCUCCGCUUCACUAUCCAUUGGACACUGUCUGUCCUCCGAUCCGACUCAUCAGUGUCGUCCCAUUGUGAAACUCAGCAAUGGCGUAUACGGACGACGCUGUCAAGGCAAAGCUCUCUGCGCUCAAUGAGACGCAGGAGGGCAUUGUUACUGUUGCGCAAUGGGUUAUGUUCCACAGACGACAUGCCGAACGAACCGCACAACUCUGGCUCCAGAAGCUACGCGACUCUCCGGCUCCCAAGCGACUCAACCUGAUCUAUCUCGCCAAUGAGGUUGCGCAGCAGUCACGGGCCCGUCGGAAGGAGGAUUUCCUCAUUGCCUUUUCGCCCAUAAUUGCGGAGGCGGUAGCGGCGGCAUACAAGGGAUCAUCCAACGACAUUCAGCAGAAAAUUCGACGUGUGGUGGAAGUAUGGCGACAGCGAGGCAUCUUCGAGCCACCUAUCCAGGAAGCAGUGGAAACGCGCAUCGAUGAUCUCGAUAAAUCUCGGUCAACUGGCAAGAAGCCGCCCCUCGGCGGCUCGCUCUUCUCCAGCCCAUCCACCGGUUCCACUCCCUCCGAGCUCCAGCCUCUAGUCCCUCUCCAAGUUGCUCUGUCCAAAGCAGCCAUGUCCUCCGGGGCCUCCUCCACAGCCGCCAACGCCGAGUAUGAAAAGAUGCAUGACCGCAACACGCCCCUGCCCACACCGCCGGUGCACGCCGCGCGACUAAGCCAGCUCCUCAAGACACUCGCCAACGCAGAGAGCUCCGUCUCAGAGGUCAUCAAGUCGCGCACAGCGCUAAUCGAAGGCCUCGAGAAACUCCUCGAGACCAACCGCGGAGCUCUCUCCAAGGAGCAGUCGCUGGCGACGCAGCUCACAGAACGCAUGGGCGAAACAGAGAGCAAGAAGCGCGAGGUCGAAGACGGCAUCAUGCGCGGCUUGGCCGCCCAACAUCCACCCGCUAUCCCCGGUGACGACGGCGCCGCUACGGAUAACCUCCCCCGCCCGGAAGUGGAGGCGCUAACCCCACCCCCAGUGGAAGCCUUGACACCCGUCGGGUCACCCAAGCCCGAGGCGCAAGAAGCUACCGAACCGGGCCCGUUCAGCGGCGGGUUCACUCUAUCCGGGUUCGAACACUCGGCCCCCCAGGACGUGACACUGCCUCAUAAUCUCCAGGAGAGUCUCAACGGGCUGCAGGCGAAGAAGCGCAAGGUCGACCACACCGAGGAGGACUACGCGCAGUUCGCUGGGGGAGAUCUGGAUGCUGACGUGGCUGAGUUGUUGAAGCAGGAGGGUGAUGCCCAAUAAUAAUUUCUAUUGCCAUGGACUCGUUGUCUAAGGAUUGAUGGUUAUAUUUAUAUCGUAUUUGAUAUAGUGUUUUUACCCGAGCAAUUGCAUUUUAUUGUAAUC